AUCUCCUUCCUCAUUACCUGCUUCAGAGGUUUUUCUUCAUAAAACUUCUAAAAAAGCUUGCACUCUCACCCCCAACCCCAGAAGCAAACCAUGUCAACUCCUCCACACCAAAUUAUCAUCUCACCCCAACCCCAUAAGCAAGCCAUGUCAACUCCUCCACACCAAAUUAUCAUAUCAAAACAAGCCAUGAAUCAGCAUACUCCAGCACCAAAUACACCAGAUCCAGGAACCAGAAUAGUGACAAAGCAAGCAACACUCCUACGGCAACCUCGCCGAACCAACCCAAUGGUAUGGUGUUGUGCAAUCCUAUGUCUAAUAUUCAGCCUUAUUCUCAUCUUCUUUGGAAUUGCUACUUUGAUCAUCUUCCUCGUUAUUAAACCAAAAACCCCUUUGUUUGACAUCCCUGGCGUAAGCCUCAGCAGCGUCUACUUUGACUCACCAGAGUACUUCAAUGGUGACUUUACCUUCCUUGCAAAUUUCUCAAACCCAAAUCGAAAAAUCAAUGUAAGAUUUGAGUAUGUGUACAUAGAGCUCUACUUUUUUGAUAGGCUAAUAGGAACUCAAACUCUUGAGCCUUUCACUCAGAGACGAAGAGAAACAAGGUUGGAAUCAGUUCAUUUUAUAUCAAGCUUGGUUUCCUUGCCCCCAAAUCUGGGGUUGGAGCUCCGAAGGCAGGUGCAGAUCAACAAGGUUACAUAUAACAUAAAAGGAACUUUUAGAGUGAGAGCUAAUCUGGGAUUGACGCACUUCUCUUACUGGUUGCAUGGAAGAUGCCAGUUAGACAUGACCGGGCCACCAACAGGAGUUCUAGUCACCCGAAGUUGCAGAACAAAGAGAUGACAAGUGCAGAAUGUUUUUUUUUUUUUUUCUUUUAACUUUACCUUUUUCAUUUUCCUCUUCCAUUUGGAUUCAGAUCUAAAUGGAAACUGUAAUGUAUAGAGGAUGGUGAGCUGAUAUGAUCUAUAAAAUGAAUACAACGGAAUUCUUUUGUGGUUGAAA